GAGUUAAGGUCACUGCAAAAUGCUACAUGGGAAACUCUUACAAAGAGGAUCUGAGACUGUUCUAGGGAUGGCUGCUAACGAGAGGAAAAUAUUUUUGACUAAUGAAUGCCUUACUGUUCAGCUCAAAGACAUAAAAGGAACUGUAAGUUUUGAGAUUCUAUCAUGGCCGUGGGGGCAUCAAUAUAGGAAAGAGAACAUCGCUGUGGAUAAACUUGACCGGGCAAGAGCCGAAGAAAGAAAACCUAAUGAAUCUGGAAAAGCUAGUAAGGCUUCCUUUCAGGUUAAAGUGACAAGGUUUUAUAGGCCUGAGAAUAUUUCUGUAAAGGCUUAUGCUUUAGACAUCCAAGAGUUGCCUUCCAAUAUGAAGCUGAAGUUCUCUACUAUUAAAGAUGAAACACUUCUAAGAGAAAAGAAGGGGAAGGGAGUAGAGAGUGAAACUGACUCGGUGAUGAUUGUGAAGCCUGAUGAGAUACCUAAAGAGAUGCGUCUAGCUACACUAGAUAUUUUUGGUGGAUGUAGUGGCCUGUCUUAUGGUCUAGAAAAGGCUGGUAUAUCUGAUACAAAGUGGGCGAUCGAGUAUGAAGAGCCAGCUGGGCAAGCUUUUAAACAAUACCAUCCUAAAACAACAGUUUUUGUUAACAACUGCAAUGUGAUUCUUAGGUCUAUAAUGGAGAAAUGUGGAGAUGUCGAUGAUUGUGUCUCUACUGUGGAGGCAGCUAAAACCACAACGAUUGGAAGGGACUCUAUGGUAGAUUGGACUGUCAAGGAAACUUAUCCAUUUCCAUCACCAAUCCUCAGCCCAUGGGUAAGGUGGGAAUGUGCUUCCAUCCUGAACAAGACCGAAUUCUCACUGUCCGUGAAUGCGCCCGAUCUCAGGUAAUAAAAGUUCUCAUGUUCCUUCUUCGUCAGUCCUCUAGUAAUAGAGUAUAUAUUUUUUGGUUUGGAAAUUAAGUAAUAUUAGGUUA